GUCCGCAGCCAGCCGGCGGUGUCCAUCAACAACCGUGGAGACUUCAAACCACUCGAACAUAACCUCCCACUUUUUUUUUUGAUAAGGGACUCAGGAAUAACAUCAACUUGUCAUUCCACGAAAGUUGACUCAAGAUUUCUGCUUCAUCCUCUGCCUUUUAAACAGAUCGUUUCAGAGAAAAGCUGUCAGAGAAUUUUGUCCAGCCGAUCUUCUGAUGGUCAGCCAUGGAUGACGAGGACAGCCAGGAUGAGCUGAUCAACCGCAACACAGCCCACAGCAAAGGGAAAAGGGCGGCACUGUGGGCCAUCUCAGAUGAUUCCGAUAAUGUUGAAGAGGAGUCUGAGGAGGGAGAAUCUGACAGUGGUCAGGAAGAAGAGGAGGAGCACCUAGAUGGAGAGGAUGAUGAUGAUGAGGAGGAGGAGGAGGAGGAAGAAGAAGAGGAAGAUGAUGAGGAAGAGGAGGAAGAUGCCAAGGCCGAGGGUGGAGCUUUCGGGGGGACCUCUGCGGACUUUGAAGGGAUGAGCUCGGAUGAGGACGCGGACAAAUGUCCCAUCUGCCUCAACUCAUUCAACAGCCAGCCUGUCGCAACACCAGAGAGCUGUGAGCACUACUUCUGUCUCGACUGCAUCCUUGAAUGGGCCAAGAAUGCGAACUCGUGCCCUGUAGACCGGAUUGCCUUCAACAGCAUAUACCUAAGGAAAUGUUUUGGAGGCAAAGUGAAGAAAAUGAUCACAGUGCAAAAGCCCGUGAAGGAAGGUCAAGAGGAAAGAGUAGAUCUGGACCUGGAGCAGACCAACUGUGAGGUGUGUGGGGGCAGUGACCGUGAGGACCGCCUCUUGCUCUGUGAUGGCUGUGAUGCUGGGUAUCACAUGGAGUGUCUGACGCCUCCUCUUGACGCUGUUCCUGUCGAGGAAUGGUUCUGCCCUGAGUGUGAAGCCAGCAACCGUCACUUAAGGGGUUCAGCUGAAGAAAUCAGUGAUACAGAGAGUCUGCCUUCUACUGCCCGUCCUGCCACCAGUCGCUCUCAGUCUCAUGCUGCAGGUCCCACCAGAGCCAUCGCCCGCACUCAGCAGAGCGAGCGGGUUCGGGCCAACGUCAACCGACAUCGCAUCACACAGGCACGCACGUCGCAGUUGGCUCCCACAUAUAUGAUUCAGUCCACUUGGCUUGAUGAGACUAUCAAUGCUGUGGUGGCUGGGCUCAACACGUCUGUGUAUAUACGAGACUUCACACCUCGGGUCCCAUCAACCCGCAGGCGAAAGACUGGGAAGCGCAGAAAGGUCAAAAGGUCUGCUGUGGGUACAAAGGGAAAAGUAGGUAGUACAGGAGUCAGGAGGAGGAGACGGAAAGUGAGGAGGACUAAAUCCAAAAGAAAACUGGUGAUGAAAAAGUCCACUGCUCGAGGCCGCAUUGCUAAUAAUCUCGGAAUCGUAAAGGACAAGAAGAGCUCUUCACUUCCAACAGUAUACCGACCGUCGGAGCACACGCUAAGCGGCAUGCGUGCUGACAUAGGUGCUGCAUCCCUCUCCAUCUAUGGAGAUCCAUUCGACCUGGAUCCAUUUGAUGAUCGCGAGGAGGAAGAGCAGCAGGCCCGAGUUACAUCGCUGCUGGAGGCCAAGAGAAGAGGGAUCUCUCGCUCUGCUCUUCGCUCUCACCAGCCUGUAGCUCGACCCUUCACUGCAAGCCUUUCAAGGAGGGGCCUGGAUGUCUCCCAGUCAGGGGGUGUUGUGGAGGCGGCUCCUGUGCCUGACCUGCUGGGCAGCAUCUUAUCGGGACAGAGCAUGCUCUUGAUGGACAGCUCUGAUGUCGUUAUCAAUCGAGAUGGUUCCCUUAAAGCUACAAAGCCAAUAAUGCCGUCUGCAUCGAAGCCAGGCUGCAGCAGUAGCUCAGUAGAUGCCUGCACCCAGAUCGACCCAGUGAUGUCACCCACCGAAAGAGACAACUCUCUGUCCCCCCACUUCCACGGAGACCUUCCAGGAUCCUCCCAUAUCUCCUCGAACAGACCUUCAUCCCAGAGCUCUUCUCGCCUGCCCUCCUCAGCGAGCCACAUCCGACCAUCUCCACAUUCGGAUUUACCACCCCGGGGUCAUCCGAGUUUGCAGCCACAUCGUCCAGUCAGACCUCCACACCCUCCUAGCCACAGGGGGACCAACGGCGUUGGCGUCCUCAGCUCGUCCUCAUCCAUCGACCUCACCAAUCACUCCAGCUCCAAGAGCAAGGGGAUAACCUCAUCCCAAUCUAAAAAAGCACCUUUAAAGCCCAUGUGGGAAGGCGUGUCUGUGCUUCCAAGGAUACCAAAAAUAAAAAGGGAGAGCAGUGGUAACACAAAUGAUGACAGUUACAGCAAUAGCAGGGGAAGUAGCAGUAAUUCUGCCACCAGUAGUAAUGGUUACGGCAUGCCAGAAACUGGCAUGAACAGCCUUGCUGGGGACAAGGGAAGGCAGCAAAGCGUAGACCAGCAGAAGGGAAGGGCAGACAGUCGGGGCCAAAGGUCGAGGCCUGAUGGAGCAAGCUCGUCAUCAACCUUCUCCAACUCAUUCUCCUCUUCUUCCUCCUCCGCUGGCUCACCUGGCAGCCACCCUCGUUAUUCCUCAUCGUCCUCAUCUUCAUCGUCAGUGAGUUUUCGCAUUAACUCCAGCGGGAACGCCUGGAAUUCAAGGCGGCUAAGCAUCUCGUCACCUUCUGUCAGUGGAGGCAGUGUGCGGGACCCCUGGAGAGAAAAGGAAGAUGAAGCAAAAAAGAGGCAGCUGUGCAGGGAUAAACAGAUGCUCCUGGCAUCCCGUACAAUGGGCAAUAAGGAACAAGACAGUAAUAAUAUUUACGAUCCCUUUAAUCCCACUUUGUCAGACUCAAGCAGCUCAGACGCUGAAGCUGAGAGCACGAGCCUGGAUGCUAGAUCUCGACAAACCACAGACGAGGGGAAGGCUUUAGUGCAAAGAAAGCAGGGCCUGGCUCAUGUCAAAACUGAAACACAGGUGAUCGAGAUCUCAGACAGUAAACCGAGCAGUUCGAGUGCUCAGGAAACAUUAUCACAAGUGGUCAAGUGUUCAGAGGAGCGUGUCAAGGUUGAAAAAGAAUCACGACUUGGAGACGCCGAGACCAAGAAACAAACAGAAUUAACUAGCACUAAAGUUAAGAAGGAGUCAGAGUUGGAUGAUGCAGGGGAAGCUGAACAGUUUGAUGACACUCCAGACUCUACACUACCUGUUCAUCACCUUGUAAAGACUGAGAGAGAGACUCCAGAAGAGGAGAGUGCUGGAGGCCCCAGCAGUGCUCCUUCAAACUGUAAGAACAAUUCCUCCUCAUCCAGCUCUGCUCCCACCAAGAAGAUCGUAAAGACAGAAACUAAAUCGAAUUCCAAAUCCUGUUCCAAGUCCCCGUCAAGAGAUUUGGGCCAUAAGAAAAAAGUCCUCCAAGCUUCGCAGGAGCGUCGCUCGAGCAGUCCGGAUACAGACAGAGGCAGAAAGGGAGACCGUCAUGCCUCAGGUCAGGGAGGCCGGCCGAAAGAAAAGAAAGUGGACAGAGAAAGGAGUUCAAGGCGGUCAAGGUCCAGGGAGAGGAGAAGGAGAGCACGCUCAACCUCAGAAAGCUCCAAGUCCAAUUCACCUGACAGGAACCGCAGAAAGCGACGGCGGUCCAGAUCACGAUCCAAAGAGAAGAGGCGAUCAAGGUCUGGUUCCAGCUCGAGCAGCAGGGAGCGUUCACAUAGGAACAAGGACAAACAAAGGAGCCACGAGAGAAGUGAUGGCAGAGAGAGAGACUCUGACAGAAGGCGGGUCUCAAAGGACAAGAGACGUGGUCGGUCUCGCUCAAAAUCUCAGUCAAAGUCACGAUCCAGAUCCCGAUCCAGAGCUAGAUCAAAAGACCGCAAACGUGGUCGGUCUUGCUCAAAAUCACAGUCGAAAUCACGAUCCAGAUCCAGGGAUAGAAGAAAAGACCGCACACGACCGCAACAAUCACCUCCAGCCUCCAGAGACAAGGUGAGGGAACGGUCAAAAGACAAGAGGAGGCACAGGUCUAGAUCCAGCUCGAGAGAGAGACAGAAAGAAGAAGGAUCAUCAUCCAGGAGUUCACAGAAAACUUCUGGCUCCUGUGUUUCAUCCUCGAAAGACACCAAACGGUUACAGGACAAGAAAAAAGAGAAGGACGUUGCUCGAAGCUCCAUGAAAGAGGAAAAAGUUGUUCCUGUGAUCAAACAGGAGACUCCGUCCUUUCCCAUCACCUCUAAAAUUGAAAAAGAAUGCAAAAACAGCCAGGCCACAACAGCAGGAAAGCUGAAAGAGAUUAAGGUUGAAAAAGAAAUUAAGAAAGAAAAACAACCAUCUUUUGAUAUGUUUGUAGAUUCACCUAUUACUAAACCAAUUAAGAAAGAAGAAACUGACGCCCCUGCUGUAGUGGUAGUCAAAGGCACAGGUGAGGGAAAUGAAGAGGAUCCCAUCAAGACGGAGCCUUGUAAGAGUGUCCAGACUCAGACGUGUAAAAAUAUCAAAACAGAGAAUUGCAAAUAUAUCAAGACGGAGCCUUGUCAGAUGGCCAUAAUUAAAACUGAGCCAAGUUCCCCAGAAGUGUCUCUGUCGCCUUCUGUCACCUCAUUUUCUACGCUGACCACAUCUGUUACAGAAGACAGCCUGGAGGACACAGAGUCUCAGUCUCACCCAGUGUCAGUGGCCUCACCUGAACAACCAGACACUGUCCCUGUAAAGCAGGAAGUUCACAUACUCUCAGACUCUGAUGAUGAUGAUUUUAAUGUUGAUAUGAUGCUGGACAACCUGGAUUAUGUGAAGUCUGAGCACACAGAGGGAAUCGCCACAUCUGUCAAACAGGAGAAGGAUGUAGAUGAGGAGAAAAAUGAACCGACUGUAGCUGGAACAAAAUCCAAGACCCCGGUGAAGAGGGUCACCUGGAAUAUCCAGGAGCCCGAGGGGCCUCAACCAGAGAAAUCAGCAAGCAAGCUGGCUCUGUAUAAGUUGAGGCUGAAGCAGGAAGGAGCUCGCCGACCGUCUUCAGCCGUCCAGACGUCAAGUCAGGACGCCACUGGAGCCGUCUGUGACCCUUCCAAAAAAGGUGCUGGUGGUUCGCUCAGUCGCUCCUCUACAUCUGAAGGUUCACUUCCUGACUGUUUAUCAACCAGUGGACAGGCAGAGGGAGAGGAUGGGGAUUUGUCAAGGAAAGACAAGCAGUACUUGAAGAAGCUCCACAUGCAGGAGAGAGCUAUAGAGGAGGUGAAGCUAGCCAUCAAGCCUUUCUACCAGAAGAGAGACAUCAACAAGGAUGAAUACAAAGAGAUUCUACGCAAAGCCGUCCAGAAGGUUUGCCACAGCAAGAGCGGAGAGAUCAACCCAGUGAAGGUGGGCAAUCUGGUCAAGGCAUAUGUGGACAAAUACAAACAUGCCAGGAAACACAAGAAAGGAGAGGACUCAGGGAAGGCACAGGACGCUCCGACGGAGGGCACGAGCACCUCCGACAGCCCAUGAGGAGGCUAAAGGCAAGAACAGCCACUCCAAACACUUGUUCACAUGUUAGGUUACAAUAUGUUUUACUUGGUGUCCUGCUGCUGGAUAUGAUCUCAAACUGUCUAGACAUAAUUGUUUGCUCACUGCUUCAAAAUGGAACACUUUUCUGAUCCCGAGCUUUCUAUCUUAACUUGAACAAUGAAGAUACACUUUUUUUUUUUUUUUUGGUGAUCACUUGAACAGCGCCUUUUUUUUUUUUUUUGGUGUCUUGUGUUUUGGACUGUCACUGCCAAGAUCCGGUUGUUUUUCGUGUAGUGCAGCUCAGAAACUUUAACAGGAGAUGAUGAGGUUGUGCCUUAAGGAGGCAAAUCUCAAAAGACCCUUCCAUGGAGUGAUAAAUCAGGUAGGUUUCUCCACAGACAUAUCACUGGGAGGCUGCAGCAUGGGCUUUGAGUUUUUGAUGGAUUUUGUUUUGUUAUGUGGGAGGGAGGGGGUAUUUAUCAGUGGAAGGACUCAUUCUGUUUGCUGAGAAGUGGUGUCAAAGUAUGCAGAGAAUGCAUAUUAAAUACGUUGGUCAUGUUGAAGAAAAGACACUGUUAUGCAAUUUUUGUAGAAGAUUUAUCAGUGAACAAUUUUAGAUUUGGUUGUAAAUAAUAUAGAUUUGAUAUAUCCACUUGUAUGUUCCUUUCAUCUGUGUUGCCUGUUCUGAAUGACUGACUGAUAAAUGUUCUAGUUUGUAGAGUUUAUUUGUUUUAUGUUUUGUAUUUGGAAAAAGCCUGUAAUCUGUUUAACCUGUCUUCCACACCUCUAAUAUCUGUGUCUAAUGGGCUAAAUGUAGACCAGUGUUCACUACAUGUGAGGAUCAGUAGUCUUGAAAUGAACAAAAGAGUCACUCCUCUCAAAUAACAGCCUCUUAUCUUUGUUUUCUUCUGUUCACAGCGUUAGCCAUUUUUCAACCACACGACUUAAAUGUAGAAAAAAAAAACAGGUUUUAGAGAAUAAGGGAAUAUUUUGUUUUUGUGCCAAAUGCGUAAAAAAUAAUAAAUACAAUAAACAACAAAAUAAGAAAAGCACCAUUUCCCUGAAUAAGAGAGAUUUAAUUUGUUUUUGGGCAUUGUUUUUUUCUUUUUUUGUGUGGUUUUUUGUUUUGUUUUUUAAAUAUUAGAGACUAUGAUGCCACAGUUAAGAAUGAUAUUUUGGACUGAAAAUCAUUAUAAUACAGUCCGAAUGGCCGAAUUACAGCCUGUUUGAUCUUGAAAAAAUGUCAAUGUCUAUGUGUUGUUGAACAUUUUGAACUUUUUUUUUUUUUGUAUUCCAUGUUUCUUCAUAUAUAUAUUAAUGGUCCAGUGUGUCGGGUUUAGUGGCAUCUUGCAUUGACUGUAACCAUUAACCUCAAGCUAGCAUCCGAGCAUGUUAGAGAAACUUUGCGGCCAUGAACAAUUUUUAAAAAGAUGCAAAAAUCCCUCUCCAGAGCCGGCGCUUGGUUUGUCCAUUCUAGGCUACUGUAGAAACACGGUGCUCUCCGCUCAUCCUAAAGUAAUAAAAACACAAUGGUUCUCAGUUUCAGGUGAUAGUACACUAAUGAAAUCACUAUUACGAAUAUCUUAAAUGAAUCCCACACACAGGACCUUUUUAAGCUUAUAUCAUGAUUUCAUGGUUUUGUGAGAUCAGUUUAUCAUGGGGCAAAAUAAAGGAACAGCUCGAGUCGCAGCAUUUCCAAGGUAGGUUUGGUAGAAUAAGCACAUAACCUGUUUAAUCGGGAACAUCGACAGAAUGAAUUCUGUGAUUUAGACUAAAACGACGUCUGCAAUACUUAAUUACAGCCUCGGUCCGACUACUUUGCUGUUGUGUCUUUUAGCCUGAACCUUAAUCUCGAACCUUGUUCCUCUGUGUCACAUUUAAUUUGGCUCUGGAGUGGCAGGAUCUCAAAACGAAAAAAACAGGUGCUCAUGUUUUUAUCUGAAUGUAAUUUUUGCUUUUGUUUUCUUCAUCUACUUGAUCAAACAGGACAGGUGUUUCUGAGAGAAAACACUGAUAAUAAAUCACUGAUGAUAAAUAAGGUUUGGUCAUAAUCUGUCCUAUCUUCACAUUUCGGUUAGAAGAUAUAAUGAUGGCUGUUGCUACAUGAAUUUUGUCUGCCUGUGAUCACUGUUGAGUCCAAAUGAAAACAGCCUCUGUACUCACUUGUGUUUCUCUUCAGGAGCAACGUUUUAAUAAAACAAAAAAAAAAA